UGCAUCAUGUAUUUGUGUCCGUGCAGCUGUAGUGAAAGUCAUGGCAGGUCCAGAUCCGAUUAAAACUCUGCUGUAUACUGUCAACAACUUGCUGCAGCAGGAGAAAUACAAAGCAGCAUUGGCAGUGUUGAAAGGCUUCAGAAAUGGCGCUGUAUAUGGAGCCAAAAUCAGAGCACCACAUGCCCUGGUGAUGACAUUUCUAUUCAGAAGUGGCAGUUUGAAGGAUAAACUCAGAGCCAUUUUGAAGGCCACAUACACCCACUCCCGCAACCUGGCAUACUUUGUGUUCACAUACAAAGGACUGCAGGCCUUGCAGGAGAAGAUCCAAGGGAAGAGCUUGCAAUCUCACUCCUUUCUGGCUGCCUGUAUUGGAGGAUGGUUAGUGUUUGGAGAUAAUAACAACAUCAAUAGUCAGAUCAACAUGUACUUGCUGUCUAGGAUCCUGUUCGCCCUUUCUCGCCUGGCUGUGGAGAAAGGAUUCAUCCCCCAGCCUAAAAAAGACCCUUUCCCACUGUUUGCCACCCUGGUGUGGGGCAUUGUCUUGUGGCUGUUUGAGUAUUACCCUCACACCCUCCAGCCCUCACUGCAGUCCUCAAUGAACUACCUCUACCAUGACAGCAAUGUGUGGCAUGAUAUCACAGACUUCCUUGUUUAUAACAAACCAAGGACUGCUGCUUAGAAAUGAAGCUUUAGUUUUUCCCCCAGUAUGGACCAGCGCUCUCUUAGAAGAUCAUGAUUGCAUUUUUUUUUUAUAUAAUUGUAAAUAUUCUAAAUAUCUUUGAUUGUUGCCUUCUCUAAAUGAUAAAGAAUGUAGUUUGUGAGUUUAAUUAACAGAUCAGUAUUAUAUCAGAUGUACAGUAGGAACUUUUUAUCUUGUUCAUUUGCACUAAUUUUCAUGUGCCAUCAAUCAAUCUUCAUUAUUUUCACUACUAUACUGUUGUUAUCAGACAAAAUAUGAAAUAUUAAAUUAAAUAGUGAUAUCUGAUCUAUCCAGUAUGGGGUUGUUGGGGUUUGUUUGGCUGAUUUUACAUUGAUUGAUUUAAAUUUCCAGGGGUAUUUCAUUAAAUACAAUAAAAGACAAAAAAAUAUUUAACUGUUAAACUGAAGUUACACAACUAUCAACUAAUUUGAUUAAUUUAAGUUCUUUUAAGUUCUCGUAUAAGAUACGCACACAUUUCUAGAAAUGGCAGGUUUUUCCUGGAUUGAUAGUUUGAAGUGUGGCAAGCGUAGCACUGCCGAGGGUGUUUCCUUACAAAGCAGUACGCAGGUUUUAAUUAAACUAAAAUAUGGAAUAAUCCGUGCUGUAAUAUAGUAAUAUAUAUAUGAUUGUAUUUUGUUUGCUCUUUGUAAUGUAAUAUCAAUUCCCUCACACUACAAUUUUGUUGAUUUACUUUUAAACCAUUAUGUAUAAAAUUUGAAAUCUGUAUGACUAACAUGCACUCUGUCAUGUGCCACUGUUAUAUAAUGUGAAUUGAAGGCUGGAUUAAA